AUGUGCCCUGAGAGAAGUAAGUCGGUGGUGGUGGCUGCGGAUGACGAGUCAGGUUGCUCAGGUGCGUCUCCAGCUCACCUCACACUUGGGCUUCUCAGGGAGGAGGGGCGGAAGCCCUGGCCCACCGUUAGCACGAUGAUCUUCAGCCUGCUCCUGGCUCUCAACUUCUUCCCCUCAAUUCAAGUAGCAGAAAACAAGAUUUUGGUGAAUCAGUCGCCCAUGCUUGUGGUAAACAACAAUGAGGUCAACCUCAGCUGCAAGUAUACCUACAACCUCUUCUCGAAGGAGUUCCGGGCAUCCCUUUAUAAGGGAGUAGAUAGCGCUGUGGAGGUCUGUGCUGUGAAUGGAAAUCACUCCAAGUCACUUCAGUCUACAAACAAGGAAUUCAACUGCACUGUGAACUUGGGCAACGAAACAGUGACAUUCUACCUCCAGGAUUUGUACGUUAACCAAACGGAUAUUUAUUUCUGCAAAAUCGAGGUUCUGUAUCCUCCUCCUUACAUAGACAAUGAGAAGAGUAAUGGGACCAUUAUCCAUGUGAAAGAGAAACAUCUUUGUCCAGCUCCCCGGUCUCCUGAGUCCUCUAAGCCAUUUUGGGCACUUGUGGUGGUAAACGGAGUCCUAGCUUUCUAUAGCUUGCUAGCAACAGUGGCUCUUUCUAACUGCUGGAUGAAGAGUAAGAGAAACAGGAUGCUUCAGAGCGACUACAUGAACAUGACACCUCGCAGGCCGGGGCCCACCCGAAAGCACUACCAGCCCUAUGCGCCAGCACGGGACUUUGCAGCCUACCGUUCCUGA